AUGUUUCGAAUAAACUUAACCACAUUCACGUUACUUUUAGUACUCACAGUAGGAAGUUUGAUGUCAGACUCGCUGCAUUCAUCCGAUGGUACUAUGAAAGAUCUAUAUGACUAUCUUCUGCAAAGGGAAUAUGCUGCCCCGGUAUCGUACGCAGAUCAUCAAAUCAAACGAAAAGCCGUAAGAUCGCCAUCCUUGAGGUUACGUUUCGGGCGACGGAGCGACCCUACAGUGGCUCUACGUCCCGAUGAGGAAGAACUGAUCGAUCAAAAAACGAUCCGGGCCCCUCAACUUCGCUUGAGGUUUGGAAGAAAUGAUCCCUUGUGGACGUCGUUCAAUGAAAACGCUCUGCUGGAAGAAAACUUUGAAAAACGAGCCCCAUCACAAAGACUCCGAUGGGGUCGGUCCAACUUGUACGGCAAUCUGGUCAAUCAGUUUCAAAACGAUGAUCUUAUGCAGCAGAAAGCAAUACGGGCGCCUCAAUUGAGAUUACGAUUUGGUAGAACCGAUCCUUCCUGGGCCAUGUACAAUGAACAUUCAAUUGAUACUGACCAGCAAGCUCAGUUGGACAAUGAAGCAAAUGAAAAACGUGCUCCAACACAGAGACUCCGGUGGGGGAGGUCUGAUCCAGCAUUGUCGAAAAACUCCUUUGAGAUUUAG